AUGAUACGUCAAAAGAAGUCGAUUGCCUUCUGGGGCUUCAUUGCUGUGUCCUUUCUCAUGUUUUUCUAUUCUCUUCCCUACAUCAACGUCGGAGACAAAUCCAUUGCGGAGCUGGCCUCGGCAAAUAUGCCCGUCCAGAACAUCCACGCAUUUCCUGACGCGGCCGCUUUUCCGGAAGGUCUCCCGCCCUUGAUGGAUGAAGACACCCCGAUGCCAGCCAACAUUCCCCCAUAUAUUGAGGAGGAUAUUGGCACGGAGGCUUUUGGAGCCACUCUAGAGAAUGGCAACGUCGAUACAACUACUCCCUUCGAGGUCUACCCGGGCACCGACUCGUUCAAGGACCCCACUGCCGACGCCGUCGACAGCACCCGCACCGCCGUCGAGCAGCUCAUGGAAGACAUGGACCGCAACCACGCCACCCUCGAGCACGAGGUCCUCGGCCUCGGCCACAAUGCAGUCCAGUCGGCCAGUGCGGGCGACGGAAGCAGCCGUGGAUCGACCACGGACGACGGCGGCCCCCUCACCCACACCGACAUUGUCGAGGCCCAUGCUUUGUGGAAUCAGCUCAACCAGAUGUACGAGAACAUCAAGGGCGCCGCUACCGAUAUGAAGGGGUUCCUCUCGCGGAUCAGUGGCACGGCGGGCGAUGCGGCCUCCAGGAACGCGGCCGAGCUGCUGGCGGCGGCCAAGGCUGCCGACAACGGCGGUGACAUCCACAAGAUCAACCUGGCCUACACGACGAAGCGCAGCGUGGACGAGGGCAAUGCCAAAGUGUCCAAGAAGCUAGAGAUGCGCGAGAAGCUGCGCCGGUACAACGAUGUGCCGUACUGGAAGCUGGAAAAUGCCAAGCACCGCGGCGACCCUGUGCCGUACAUGAAGGAUACGACCACCUUCGGCAACAACGUAUACAAAAAGGCCAGCGACAUGUGGCGCGGUCUUUAUAUAUACUUUUAA